CUUUCCGCUCCUUCCUCAGGCUCUACAGAGAUCGACGUGGACGAUGGGAAAGACCUUGAUAUUUUUGACAUAAACGAAGAGGCAGGACUGGACUUGGUGGAGGGAGACCUGAUGAUCAGUGAGGCAGAGGGGUGGAACACAAUAAUUGGUGACCAGUACCGCUGGCCCAACACCGUGCCGUACUACCUAGAGGACAGCCUGGAAAUCAAUGCUAAGGGCGUGAUACUGCAGGCGUUUGAGCAGUAUCGGCUGAAAACAUGCAUCGAUUUUAAGCCCUGGAGUGGAGAGACUAAUUACAUCUCUGUCUUUAAAGGCAGCGGCUGUUAUUCCUCUGUGGGGAACCGUCAGGUCGGGAAGCAAGCCCUGUCGAUCGGCACGAACUGCGACCGUUUGGGGACAGUGGAGCACGAGUUUCUGCACGCGCUGGGCUUUUGGCACGAGCAGUCCAGAGCCGACCGAGACGACUACGUGAAAAUUGUGUGGGACAACAUCACGCCUGGUAAGGAGCACAACUUUAACAUGUAUGACGACACGCUAUCGAGUUCGCUUGGCGUGUCCUACGACUACGGUUCCGUGAUGCACUACAGUAAGACGGCCUUCCGCGAUGGCUCCGAUUCCACGAUCGUCACCAAGAUACCGGAAUUCAGCGACGUGAUUGGCCAACGCAUGGAGUUCAGUGAAAACGAUCUUCUGAAACUCAACAGACUUUACAACUGCACACGCUCCUCCACCUUCCUGGACUCCUGCAGUUUCGAGCAGCCUGAUAUCUGUGGGAUGAUCCAGGGGGAGGAGGCGAACUCUGCCUGGCAGCGCGUGAGGAGUGUGCCUGCAGGCCCAAACACAGACUACACCAACAUGGGCAAGUGUGAAGGCUCGGGGUACUUCAUGCAUUUCAGCACGGCCACUGGUAACCAUGGCGACAAGGCUUACCUGGAGAGCCGCAUCCUGUACCCACGACGAGGGUCGCAGUGCCUGCAGUUCUACCUCUACCACAGUGGGGGCGCCACUGACCUCCUCAGCGUCUGGGUCCGCGAGUACGACCAGCAAAACCCCAAAGGAAUCCUGAGACUCAUCAAGAAAAUUAGCGACGGUCCCAAGGACAGCUGGGAGCUCUAUCAUGUGACUCUGGACGUGUCAAAGAAAUUCCGGCUCGUGUUUGAGGGGGUGAAGGGCACAGGUGGGUCCACGGGGGGGCUCUCCCUGGAUGACAUUAACAUGUCGGAGACGCAGUGCCCCCACCACACCUGGCGGAUCAGAAACUUCUCCAACCUCUUAGCCACCACUGCUCCGGGCACCAAGAUCUACAGCCCCCCCUUCCUGUCCCCAGACGGCUACUCCUUCCAGGUCGGCCUCUACGUCAAUGGGAAAUCCUCGAGCCCUGACUCCAUGGCCAUCUACGUCCAUCUGACCUCAGGGCCGCGUGACGACGAGCUCAAAUGGCCGUGUCCAUGGAGACAAGCUACUAUGGCACUCAUGGACCAGAACCCUCACAUCCAGAAACGCAUGAACAACCAGAGGAUGGUGACCACCGACCCGGGGAAGACCACAUCCGACGGGACGGAAUAUUACUGGGACGACCCGCGGAAGGUUGGCAGUUGGGUAACGGACUCAGACGGCAACUCGUACUACCGCGGCCCAGGCUAUGGCACCAGCUCCUUCCUCACUCACAGUCGCCUGAAGAGCCGUGACUUCAUCAAAGGAGAUGACAUCAUCUUCCUCCUCACGCUAGAGGAUGUGUCCAGUCUGCUAGAAACACAGCCUGUACCUUCGAGUCUGUCACCCGGCGACACUAUGGCAACCUCCAUGGCAACAGUGGCUGUGUAUGUUUGUGUUGGGGCAGUCCUGUUCCUGGUUCUUGCUGUGGGUGUGGCGUACUAUGGGAGGAAGCGCUUUAGGAGAGGAGACAGAGAAGACAGUUUAACAGAGCUGGAAGUGACAGCGGAGUGUAAGUAG